UCAAUCGUGCCCAGAACUAAUCGCGGCAGAAAUUUCCAGUUUUUCUCAUGAAGUUUGUUUUUGGAUGCGAAAGCUUUGCCCUUGUUCUGCGUCUAAUGAUUUCCAUUGUAGGGUUCCAUUGUGCAGAUGUCUUUUUAUCUCCAAAAGGGUUCGACAUCCAUUGUUGGGUGCCUUUUUAGCUUCAUGAACCGGGGGAGGCUUUGGUGUUCGGGGAAGAUUUUGUUUCGGCAUUGGACUUGACACACACGGGGUUUCCUGAUAUUCUUUUCUCCAGCAGUUCGAUUGAUUUUUUUUCUUUCUGUUUUUCCUUUUUGGGUUCGAGGUUUCUGUCGCCUGUUGAAUUUUAUCUCUUCACGGCUUGUGAGAGGAUUGUCUUUUUAGAUAGUAGGGCGUUGAAGUUGCUAGAUUCUGAAGCUUCUUUUAGCUUUAUUGAUGGCUACGACAAAAUUAAUUCCUGGGUUUCGAUUUCAUCCGACUGAUGUUGAGCUCCUUAGAUACUUUCUGUGGAGGAAGGUUAUGGGUAAGAAAUUCCAUUAUGAUGUGAUCGCAGAAGUAGACAUAUACAAGUACGCUCCAUGGGAUCUCCCAGAUAAAUCUUAUCUGAGAACUGGAGAUUUGGAAUGGUACUUCUUUUGCCCCAGAGAAAAGAAAUAUGCUAGUGGGGCCAGAAUGAAUCGCGCUACCGAAGUUGGGUACUGGAAAACUACAGGGAGGGAUAGACCAGUUCAUUUCAAGAAUCGCGUUGUGGGAAUGAUAAAAACCCUGAUAUUUCACAUAGGUAAAGCUCCCAAAGGAGAUAGGACUGAUUGGGUUAUGCACGAAUAUAGGCUCGAAGAUCAGGAGCUGACUGCGAAAGACAUUCCUCAGGAUUCCUAUGUGCUUUGUAAGGUUUUCCAAAAGGAAGGUCCUGGUCCCAGGAAUGGUGCUCAAUAUGGAAGACCAUUCAAUGAUGAAGACUGGGAUGACGACGAGGAAAUGGAUGGUGUAGGAUCUCUUCCCUUAGUUGGUGUGCACGCACCAAUUACCUUUCAUCCUAACACGCCUGGCAGUUCUACAACAACUUAUUGUCAUCCCCCUGCAAGUGCAUGUGUUGGAUCAUCACGAGCGUCAUCUCUUGUGCAUCCGUUAGCUCCAAGUGAUCAAGUUAUAUCCAAUGGGUCUCAAGUUCCAGUUAAUGAUGAUAUUAAUGCCUUGCUGGAUUGUUUCACAGAGAAUGACACAGUUCCUAUGAUUGGAAAUAACAUUGAGAAGAAUGAUAAUUCUGCUGUGGAGAAGGAAGCUGAAGGCAUACCUUGUUUGGAUGUUAAUGAUAUAUUUAAGGACUUGGGAGACCUUGACAAUACAAACCAAAUCUAUCCUGCAGGAAGCAUGCCCUUGUUGUUCGAUGAUCUGGAUUUCUUGGAGUUGCGUGACCUAGACACCACUGAACCUGAAAGUGGGGUCCAUUUCAUCCGGAAAAAGGAGGGUUUGUGAUUUGUGGCUCACAGGACGAGACGCUAUUGGCAUUUAUACCUGCAGGCUGCAGCAUCUAUCGUUUUUAAUUUUAUCAUUGUUUCUAUUUGAACAUUUGUAUAAUAAAGUGACCUGAAUGUUCAAAGCUAGUUGAAUGAACAGUUUUCGUACCCGGGGGGGGGUUGUUUUUGUGUGCAAGCGGACUUGUAUCACACAUGUCCCGCUGAGAUCACUGAAAUAUGCAUUGUUUAUACCAUAGUUUAGCCUUUUAUUGCCCCUGUUAGUUGGGUUGGCUUAGAGAAGCAGAUCUAGCCGGAAAGGGCAUGUAAAAUGAAGCAGAUUCUGACUUUAGUUUACAAUUUGGUCGAAAUAUUUCAUCUGUACUAUACAUGACACGGCUGGAUAUGCAUCAAGUUCUAUUGCCAUAAUAAAAGUACUGAAGUGUCUAAUUUUU